CUGCAUCCUGCGGGGUGGCGGGCGGAGGAGGCAGAGGGGGCGGCGGCAGAGGAGAAGAAAGUGACAGAGCCGGUUCGGCUUUAGAGAGUGGUGAAGGGUACUUUUCAUGGUGCAUGGAAGGAAAGCCAAUGCGCAGGUGUACCAACAUUCGACCAGGAGAGACUGGAAUGGAUGUAACAAGCCGCUGCACCCUUGGAGACCCCAAUAAACUGCCAGAAGGGGUUCCCCAACCUGCCCGCAUGCCCUAUAUCUCAGACAAGCACCCUCGACAGACCUUGGAAGUGAUAAACCUUCUGAGAAAGCACCGGGAGCUAUGCGAUGUGGUGCUAGUUGUGGGCGCUAAGAAGAUAUAUGCCCAUCGAGUCAUUUUGUCAGCCUGUAGUCCCUACUUCCGAGCUAUGUUUACAGGAGAAUUGGCAGAGAGCCGUCAGACAGAAGUAGUGAUCCGAGACAUAGAUGAGAGGGCUAUGGAGCUACUGAUUGACUUUGCGUACACCUCCCAGAUAACUGUGGAAGAGGGCAAUGUUCAGACCCUUCUGCCAGCGGCUUGUCUCCUCCAGCUGGCAGAAAUCCAGGAAGCCUGCUGUGAAUUCUUAAAAAGACAAUUAGAUCCUUCUAAUUGCCUGGGCAUUCGGGCUUUUGCUGACACACAUUCAUGUCGUGAGUUGCUAAGGAUAGCAGACAAGUUCACUCAACAUAACUUUCAAGAGGUGAUGGAAAGUGAAGAGUUCAUGUUGCUUCCAGCCAAUCAGCUCAUUGAUAUAAUAUCUAGUGAUGAACUGAAUGUUCGCAGUGAAGAACAGGUGUUCAAUGCAGUGAUGGCCUGGGUCAAAUACAGUAUUCAAGAAAGACGUCCUCAGUUACCCCAGGUGCUGCAGCAUGUUCGCCUGCCUUUGCUUAGUCCCAAGUUCCUGGUGGGCACUGUAGGCUCUGAUCCCCUCAUCAAAAGUGAUGAAGAAUGCAGAGACUUGGUAGAUGAAGCUAAAAACUAUCUCCUCUUGCCUCAAGAACGACCACUAAUGCAAGGACCAAGGACAAGACCACGGAAACCUAUCCGAUGUGGAGAAGUACUCUUUGCAGUUGGUGGCUGGUGCAGUGGAGAUGCCAUUUCUAGUGUCGAACGAUAUGAUCCACAGACCAAUGAAUGGCGAAUGGUAGCUUCAAUGAGUAAAAGGCGAUGUGGAGUUGGGGUUAGUGUUCUUGAUGACCUGCUAUAUGCAGUAGGAGGCCAUGAUGGAUCUUCUUAUCUCAAUAGUGUUGAAAGGUAUGACCCUAAGACAAACCAGUGGAGCAGCGACGUGGCUCCUACAAGCACGUGCAGGACUAGUGUUGGUGUGGCAGUGCUCGGAGGCUUUCUCUAUGCUGUGGGGGGCCAGGAUGGUGUGUCCUGCCUCAACAUUGUUGAGAGGUAUGAUCCAAAGGAAAACAAAUGGACUCGAGUGGCUUCUAUGAGCACCAGAAGACUAGGCGUGGCCGUGGCUGUGUUAGGAGGCUUCUUAUAUGCUGUAGGUGGCUCUGAUGGGACAUCUCCACUCAACACAGUGGAGCGCUACAAUCCUCAGGAAAACAGAUGGCACACCAUAGCUCCUAUGGGGACCCGGAGGAAACACCUAGGCUGUGCAGUGUAUCAGGACAUGAUCUAUGCCGUAGGAGGUAGAGAUGAUACUACAGAGCUUAGCAGCGCUGAGAGAUACAACCCCAGAACUAACCAAUGGUCUCCGGUGGUGGCUAUGACAUCCCGCCGUAGUGGAGUCGGCCUGGCAGUGGUGAAUGGGCAGCUCAUGGCCGUAGGAGGUUUUGAUGGCACGACAUACUUGAAGACCAUUGAAGUUUUUGAUCCUGAUGCCAAUACAUGGAGGUUAUAUGGCGGGAUGAAUUACCGUCGGCUGGGGGGUGGUGUAGGAGUUAUUAAAAUGACACAUUGCGAAUCUCAUAUAUGGUGAACAUCUAGAAGACAGUCGUGUAUGCUCCUCUGUAUUCUGAAGAGCUUUGACUUUGGAGCUUUGUACAGCUCUGGAAAACAUUAGAACAAAUUUUAUCCUUUGCCGGUGCCUCAACAUUUGGAAAUACAAAUACAGUGAAAGUACUUCAAUUGCAAGAUGCCACCUUUGCACAAAAAUUUUCAAUUCUGUGCAGAAUAUUUAUUUUUGGUUUUAAUUUAUCAUGGUUUUUGUUAUUGUUGUUGGGUUUUGUUGUUUCAUUUUGUUUUG